AUGUCCUGCCGCCCACACGUCCAGAGGCAUAGUAGCACCACCACCUCGCUCCCGGAGCCGCCGCUCCGGAUUCCACGUGCAACAGGCCGACCCCUCGCGUCAACCUGUCACCAUCCCGAGACGCUGGAAACAGCGCCCCGCCCACCAAGAGCCGCACCGCCGCGCCACCAUCCUUGCACCGUGGCACACCUCCGCCACAGGCCUGCAGGAACUAGCAAGGGCCGCCGCACCCCAGCCAGCCUGCCACACACGGUGGCCCUCCGCGGCCACCCCGAACUCCGAACUCCACGCGACCGCCACACCAAGGAGAAGCUGGGCCCGCACAUCCCGUCGCCACUGCGUCCCCGGGACCGCUGCCCCGGCAUCCUCUUCUUCGGCCAGCCGUCGGCGCCGAAGAUGCUGACCAGCCUCCCUUGCCGGCUGCCCGCUGUCGGGGGCACGACCCCAACACCACCAACGCCACCAUGGCGUCCCAGGGCCGCCGCCCUAGCCUCCUUGAGCGAGGCAGGCCUGCACACCCCCAAAUCGAGCGCAUCUCGAUCUUGGAGGACGCCGACCAGGCCGCCCCGCUGGGCCCCGCGCCGAGGUCGACCACCGCCGGAGCAGCCGCGACCACCGCAGCGUCGGCGCGCAGCCACCACCGCAACCCCCCGCCCCGAGCCCGCCGGCUCGCUUCCUCAAGCCCCGACCGCCACCGCCACCGCCCCCCACGAGCCGGUCCUCCACCGCGCGCCCAGGAACUCCCUGACCACCUUCGGCAGCGGGGUGCCACCACCACCGCGGAGGAGGCCGCCGGCGGCAGCGGCGGGGGAGGCCCAAGCGGAGAGGGUGUUAGGGGACCCACCGAACCCGCUUAGGGCACCGAAUCUAUGA